AUGAACCUCUGGCUUCCUGGCGGUGUGAUUUUGGCGGCUUUAGUAGCGCUAGUAUGCGUUAAACCGGGGCCGCAGAUUUUUGAGCAGGAGAUCGUGCUUAAUCAGCAGGCUAUGCGAUGUUUCCAGAUCGUUACAGACUACAAACAUUACCCCUCCUGGUUGGACUCGGUAAAGUCGACCAAAAGCGAUGUGGAGCCCUCUGCUGCUCUACCUGGCACGAAGUUUGAGUUCAUCUUUGCUCGAAAUUACAUCGAUCCCAAUCACAUUACGGCAGAGAUAACAGAGAUCGUGGAGGGAAUGCGAUUUGGUUUUGCCCUCGAUGACUUCCUCAAAUCAGAGCUGAAUUUUACAGUGAAAAGCCUGCCAAAUGGAGCCUGCAAAAUCACUGUAACGAUGUCCUCCGGUUCAAAUAGCCUUAUAAAUAAUGUAAGUUCCUCCAUCCGCUAUUGA